UCGGGGUGUUGGGGGGCGGGGAGAUGAACACUGCGGCCAGCAGUUACCCCAUGGCCUCCCUGUACGUGGGUGACCUGCACUCGGAUGUCACCGAAGCCAUGCUGUACGAGAAGUUCAGCCCCGCCGGACCCGUGCUGUCCAUCCGGGUCUGCAGGGACAUGAUCACCAGGCGCUCGCUAGGCUAUGCCUAUGUCAACUUCCAGCAGCCGGCGGACGCUGAACGUGCCCUGGAUACCAUGAACUUUGAUGUAAUUAAAGGCAAACCCAUCCGUAUCAUGUGGUCUCAGCGAGAUCCCUCUUUGAGGAAAUCGGGUGUUGGGAAUGUUUUCAUUAAAAAUCUGGAUAAAUCCAUAGACAACAAGGCACUUUAUGACACCUUUUCAGCAUUUGGCAACAUAUUGUCCUGCAAGGUGGUGUGUGAUGAGAAUGGUUCUAAAGGCUACGCAUUUGUGCACUUUGAGACCCAGGAUGCUGCAGAUAGAGCCAUCGAGAAGAUGAACGGCAUGCUUCUCAACGACCGAAAAGUGUUUGUUGGUAGAUUCAAGUCAAGGAAAGAACGGGAAGCAGAAUUGGGUGCCAAAGCUAAGGAAUUCACUAACGUAUAUAUCAAAAACUUUGGCGAUGACAUGGAUGAUGAAAGACUGAAGGAACUUUUCAGCAAAUACGGUAAAACUCUGAGUGUAAAGGUGAUGACUGACUCUAGUGGAAAAUCCAAAGGUUUUGGUUUUGUGAGUUUUGAGAAACAUGAGGAUGCUAAUAAGGCAGUUGAAGAAAUGAAUGGAAAAGACAUCAAUGGGAAAAUGGUAUUUGUAGGCCGGGCACAGAAAAAAGUUGAGCGCCAGGCUGAAUUAAAACGGAAAUUUGAGCAGUUAAAGCAGGAGAGAAUUAGCCGCUACCAGGGGGUGAAUCUCUAUAUUAAGAACCUGGAUGACACCAUUGAUGAUGAAAAAUUAAGGAAAGAAUUUUCACCUUUUGGAUCAAUUACCAGUGCCAAGGUGAUGUUGGAGGAUGGGCGAAGCAAAGGCUUCGGCUUUGUCUGCUUCUCUUCUCCUGAUGAGGCAACCAAAGCCGUGACAGAGAUGAACGGGCGCAUCGUGGGCUCCAAGCCCCUGUAUGUUGCUCUAGCGCAGAGGAAAGAGGAGAGAAAAGCUCACCUGACCAACCAGUACAUGCAGCGCAUUGCAGGAAUGAGGGCCCUUCCUGCCAACACGAUCAUUAACCAGUUCCAGCCCACUCCUGGAGGAUACUUCAUGCCCGCAGUGCCCCAGGCUCAGAAUAGACCUCCUUAUUACGCUCCCAAUCAAAUAGCCCAGAUGAGACCUAAUCCACGAUGGCAACAAGGUGGGAGACCUCAAGGCUUCCAAGGAGUGCCAAAUGCCAUUCGCCAGUCUGGGCCACGCCCAACUCUUCGCCACCUCACUCCAGCCAGUAAUACCCAGGCUUCUCGAGGUCUCCCAACUACUCCUCAGCGAGUUGGGGUGCCCACUGCUGUGCAGAAUUUAUCUCCUAGACCCUCUGUAGCUACCCCUGCACCUAGGGCUGUUCCUCCUUACAAAUAUGCUGCAAAUGUCCGAAGCCCCCAUCCAGCUAUCCAGCCUCUGCAGACACCUCAGCCAGCAGUCCACGUGCAAGGCCAGGAGCCCCUGACAGCUUCCAUGCUGGCCGCUGCUCCUCCUCAGGAACAGAAGCAGAUGCUAGGAGAGCGUUUGUUCCCAUUGAUUCAAACCAUGCACAAUAAUUUAGCGGGGAAGAUUACAGGUAUGCUGCUAGAGAUUGAUAAUUCUGAACUGCUGCACAUGCUGGAGUCUCCAGAAUCCCUCCGGUCAAAGGUAGAGGAAGCCGUUGCAGUAUUACAAGCUCAUCAUGCCAAGAAGGAAGCUGCUCAGAAGGUGGCUGUGGUUGCUGCUACCUCUUAAGACCAGAAAAACUGGAUACUCUGAAGUUAAAAUAGCCCUUUCAUUAGAUGUUCAUUCACUCAACAUGUGGAGACUUCUUCACGGACUGAACGGUAGAUGGCAGAAGAGGCUGCUGCCAUUCUGGAUGUUUUUUCUUUGGGAAAAAUCAGUUUGAAAGGUCAAUUCUUAAACCUAAGAAGUUUUUCAGUGGUCAAAAUUUGCAGGUUUCUUGUGUGUGGCCUGGACCCUGUUAACCUUUAAUUUAAUUUUAUUUAAUUUUUCUCUUAAAGCUUCUCUGACAGUAUUUUUGUUUUGGUUUUAUCGGGAAUUGGUUUUAUUUGAAGUAUCCAAUUUACAGAGUCUGGAAAAGUUUCUCAAUAAAGAAGUAAAAACUUCCUAAA